AUGGACAAAUUGUCUACGUUGACCCGCUUCAAGGCGCACUGCCCGUUCCUGAAGACCACGCAAACUUCAGCCCUCCGCACUCUUUGCACCAGUGCCUCUCCUCGCUUCCCUUCCAUCUCUGCCCUGACUGAGCGGGCAACCAAAUGCCCGGUCAUGGGCCCCGCUCUCAAUGUCCGUGGACAAGAACUCGUAGCAGGCUACGCUAGUGUUGCUGGAGCUGGUGAUGUUGCCCAAAUCCACAAGGAAAAGGGUAUUACAGUCCCAGCUGGCGCGACUGUCGAAAUGUGCCCCCACGCUUCGGCGGCACGUGCUGCUGCUCGCACUGCUAGCGACCUGGCCGCGGCUGCUGUCAACAAGGCGGAGGCCAAAGGGUGCCCUUUCCACACUGCCGGAGCCCAGAUGCCAGCAGACCACCCUAAAGUCCCCCAAGCUGCAGCCAAGCCGGCCCGUGUCGGUUUCAACUACGAGUCAUUCUACGAGAACGAGUUGGACAAGAAGCACCAGGACAACUCGUACCGCUACUUCAACAACAUCAACCGUUUGGCGGCAAAGUUCCCCGUCGCACAUACCGGAAAUGUGAAGGAAGAGGUACAGGUCUGGUGCUCCAACGACUAUCUGGGCAUGGGCAACAACCCAGUUGUCCUCGAGACAAUGCAUCGCACCCUGGACAAAUAUGGCCAUGGCGCUGGAGGAACUCGCAAUAUAGCAGGAAAUGGGGCCAUGCAUCUUGGUCUAGAGCAAGAACUGGCUUCGCUCCACCGCAAACAAGCAGCGCUCGUCUUCUCGUCGUGCUACGUGGCCAACGAUGCGACCCUGUCCACUCUUGGCUCGAAACUGCCAGGCUGCAUUCUCUUUUCGGAUGCGAUGAACCACGCCUCCAUGAUCCAAGGAAUGCGCCACUCCGGGGCCAAACGGGUCAUCUUCAAGCACAACGACCUUGCUGACCUCGAGAGCAAACUCGCGCAAUACCCCAAAGAGACGCCCAAAAUCAUCGCCUUUGAGAGUGUCUACUCUAUGUGUGGAAGUAUCGGCCCGAUUAAGGAAAUUUGCGACUUGGCUGAACAGUAUGGUGCUCUGACUUUCUUGGACGAGGUACAUGCUGUCGGUCUAUACGGACCUCGGGGCGCCGGUGUCGCCGAGCAUCUCGACUACGACGCACACAAGGCGGCUGGCAACUCACCUGAACCCAUUCCUGGCUCCGUGAUGGAUCGCAUUGAUAUCAUCACCGGCACACUCGGCAAGGCAUACGGCGCUGUUGGCGGCUACAUCGCUGGCUCAGACGACCUCGUUGACAUGAUUCGUUCCUACGCACCCGGUUUUAUCUUCACAACGUCUCUGCCCCCCGCAACGGUUGCUGGUGCCCGCGCCAGUGUUGUCUACCAGAAGGAGUAUGUUGGCGACCGUCAACUGAAACAAGUCAACGUCCGUGAAGCCAAGCGCCGUUUUGCGGAGCUCGAUAUUCCUGUUGUACCCGGCCCCUCUCACAUCGUCCCCGUCCUCGUUGGUGAUGCUGCUCUUGCCAAAGCUGCCUCAGACAAGCUGCUUACGGACCACAACAUCUACGUGCAGUCAAUCAACUACCCAACUGUCGCCCGUGGCGAAGAACGACUGCGCAUAACCGUAACACCACGUCACACGGUUGAGCAAAUGGACAAACUCAUCGCGGCCGUCGACCAGGUGUUCACUGACCUGAGCAUCAACCGCUUACCAGAUUGGGUCCGUGAGGGUGGCAGGGCUGGUGUUGGCAUAGGCGCACCAGAACCAGAACCAAUAUGGAACGACAGUCAGCUUAGUUUGGGUACACCAACGGCACCUCAGACGUUGCACGAUGGACAACGACCCGUGGUUGACACAAAAGCUGUCAAUGCUGCUCGAAACCGGUUCAACAUACUUCUCGGCCCCGUCAACAACAACAACACAGUCAACUCCACCCCCACCGCUAGCAAGGGCAUCGAUGGACCGGCACUUGCGAACAUCAAGGUUCGCACCGGAGUUCCUCUUAUCAAAGAGAAACUCGACAUCCCUGUGCCCCCUCCCCCUUCUGCGGCUCUGGCUUAG